AUGGGCAAAUACGCUGUUGUCGUUAUUGGGCCAGCGGGGAGUGGAAAGAGUACGUUAUGUUGUACCAUAGCCGAGCACUAUGCAACAAAGGGUCGCAGCACGCACAUCUGCAACUUUGACCCGGCUGCGGAGGAACUGCGCUAUAGUCCGUCUAUUGACGUGCGUGACCUCAUCUCGCUUGAAGAUGCAAUGGAGGGGAAAGGCCUUGGCCCGAACGGGGGGCUGGUAUUUUGUAUGGAGUAUUUGUUGAGCGCCGGGGAGCAGUGGAUUUGUGAGCAGCUGGGGGAUCACGCUGAGGACUUUAUUAUUAUUGACAUGCCUGGGCAGGUGGAGGUCCUUUCACACGUUCCUGCGGUCCCAAACUUUGUGCGGCUUUUGCAGCGGGUCGGCUACAAUGUAGUUGUGCUUUUUUUACUGGACGCAUUAGCAGCGACAGUGGACGCGGGGAAGUUCGUGUCAGGUUGUACCUUUGCCCUCUCUAGCAUGGUUUGUUUUGACUGUCCAUUCAUGACAGUCUUAACAAAAUGUGAUUUGCUCCCACCAGAUGUGAAAGAAGGGGAUCUGGAGCACUACUGCUACUGCAACUUUGACCACGUAAACUUGAAGCCUUUACAGGGACGGUGGCAAGAGAUGGUCCGCACGAUGGCCUCUGUUAUACAUGAUUUUAAUUUAGUUUCUUUUCGGCCAAUGGAUAUUACUGACACCGCGUACGUAUCGAACAUUUGUCAGCAGAUGGAUGAGGUACUGCAGGUAGUGGAUGAGGCUGAGGUAAACGACAGAGACCUUCCAGGUCCUCCGGGUGAAGGUGAUGGAGACAUCCCCGGUGAGGAUGUGAUGUGGUAA